UCCCUCAUUUUUUAUUUUUGAGCUCGUUUACAGUUAAGAACAGUUUAAAUUAUACUGGGCCCAUUCUAGGAUGGGCCAAAUUCCCUUUUGUUUGAAUGAUCUUCAUCGUUCUAGACAUGUCUAUAAUCUAUCACCGGAGCGCCGCCGUGCCUAAAUCCCGGGCCGACGCUAGUUAAAGCACUUCUCUACGAAGACCGGUAUCUCUGCCGCCUCAAGAGUUAUCUGGUAGUAGAUAUGGAGCCUGAAGUGGUCGACGCGGAAAUGGUGUUGCCUACUCACAUGAGGUUUAAGAAGAUUCAGACGUAUGAUAAGUAUCCAAAAGGACAAGCCAGAGUCAGGUGGAAACAUCUCAAGCAGAUCAUUCCGGCUGAGAAUUACCAGAAUUAUCCUCCUGAGGAACCAAAUUAUGUUAACAUUGAAACACCACCAUCUAUGCAUCCAUGUAGAAGAAUCUGUGAUAUAACUGGAUAUGAGGCACCUUAUGUUGAUCCAAGAACCAAGCUUCGGUAUGCCAAUGCGGAAGUAUUCAAGAUGAUUAGAUCUCUCCCGAACGACUAUGUCCAACGGUACUUGGCUCUCAGAAAUGCUGCGGUUGUCCUGAGGUAGCCAUGGAGGAGAUAUCAAGGAACUGGUGCUUAUAGGUAUUCAAUUAUGUUGUGGUUGCAUGUGAACAAUGAGACAUGGCCUCUGUUUGUCGACUUUGUUAGAAUUGUGGAAUGCUUGUUCGUAAUUAUCCAUCACCAUCAGAGAGAGGCUGUAAUGUUACCCUGUAUCGUGUAUGAUUCUAUACGUUAAUGUUCAUAUUUAUACUAUUUUUAUCCUUUUCA